CUUAAAAGUAAAACGUGUCGUUCCUUCUAAUACGAGUAAAAUGGGUAUCGGUGAUAUAAAUAAGGAUUUAAUACGAGAGAGGGCAAAGUGCACUUUUAAUGUGACAGAGUUGACAUAUUUUUUGGAUGGCGGGAAAGACAAGACUUUGGAGAGAAAGGAGCGAGAAAGGGUGAUUAUGACUAAACGCGAAGAAUUGUUCGGCGGGACACCAGACGAAUAUCUAAGUCAUAAGGAGAAAUACGAGAAUUCAAUGCGGAAAGCUGUCAUCCUGUUCAGCUUGCUUCGGAAAGUACAAAAAGAAAAUAAUACGGAUCUUACUAAUUAUAGGAAUCUUCUAAGUGGUGUGCUAGGAGCUUCUAUCUCUCAAGAUGGUUCCCCUUUUGGUCUUCAUUACAUAAUGUUUAUGCCGGUGUUCAUGAGUCAAGCAGAUGAGGAACAGCAAAAGAAAUGGCUACAUCGAGCUCUAAACUGCUCAAUUAUUGGGAGUUACGCUCAGACUGAACUUGGCCAUGGAACUUUCAUUCGCGGUCUGGAGACGACUGCCACAUACGACCCGGCCACACAGGAGUUUGUAUUACACAGUCCGACGUUGACAUCGUACAAAUGGUGGCCUGGAGGAUUGGGAAACACAGCGAACUACUGCAUCGUGAUAGCCCAACUGUAUUCCAAGGGAGAAUGCCACGGCAUCCACUCCUUCAUCGUCCAAGUUAGAGACGAGGACACCCACAUGCCACUACCAGGGAUAAAGGUUGGGGAGAUCGGAGUCAAGAUGGGGCUCAACGCUGUCAACAACGGCUUCAUAGGUUUUGACAAUGUCAGAAUUCCAAGGACUAAUAUGCUGAUGAAACAUGCGAAAGUUCUAGAAGAUGGAACCUACGUGAAGUCUAAGAACAGCAAGUUGAUUUACGGAGCCAUGGUGUUCGUGAGAGUGGUUAUAGUGUUUGAUUCAGUGAAUUACUUGGCAAAGGCCAUCACUGUUGCUACUCGGUACUCUGCAGUCAGAAGACAGUCGCAGCUCAAGGACGGGGAACCGGAGCGGCAAAUCCUGGACUACGUGACGCAACAAGACAAGAUACUAACAGCUAUAGCUGGCUGCUUCGCUAUGAAGAUGAACGCGAGGAUGUUAUGGGACACUUUCAAUGUCAUCAAUGAUCAGCUGCACAAAGGGAAUUUCGAGAGACUUGGAGAGUUGCACGCUUUAGCCUGCUGUCUCAAAGCCAUCAGUACAACAGACUCCUCAAUGUUCACGGAGCGAUGCAGACUGGCGUGCGGAGGGCACGGCUACAUGGUGUCCUCCAAUCUCCCUCCUACGUACGCCCUCACAACCGCCUCCUGCACUUACGAGGGCGAUAACACUGUAUUGCUACUGCAGACUGCGAGAAUUACUCAAAGAAAGCCUGGCAAUGGCUUCAACGAGUCUCUUUUCCACAGGUUCCUACUGAAGACGUGGCGACAGAUUGACACCGCUCCGUUAACUCCCACAGUGCAAUACUUGAAGACUGUAUCCGGUCCAGGGUUCUCGUACAAAUGGGAGAAUUCUGUCGAAGGGAUCAUUAGAGGAUUCCAAAUAGUCUCAAUGAAGAAAAUAUCGUCGUGCGUGGAUUUAAUGACGACCAAAAUAAUGUCAGGAAUGUCGCAAGAAGAUGCGUGGAAUAUAAUAUCUAUACAAUUAGUUUCAGCUGGAGAGUCACAUUGUCGCGCGAUAGUCAUCUCCACGUUCCACGAGGACAUGUCCAAAGCAAUGAGGAGUAUGUCAGAACCGCUGGCGGAGGUGAUGGGUCAACUGGUGGAGCUGUACGCGGUGUACUGGGCGCUGGAGAGGCUCGGUGAUCUUUUAGAGUUCACAUCGAUUUCGGGCGCUGAUGUCGUGAAACUAAGGUCUAGGUACGAAGAGCUGUUGUUGAAAAUUCGACCUAACGCAGUUGGACUUGUAGAUGCUUUUGAUAUUAUUGACGAGUUACUUCAGUCAUCGCUGGGCGCAUACGACGGUCGCGUGUACGAGCGCCUGAUGGAGGAAGCGCUGAAGAGUCCUCUGAACGCGGAGCCAGUCAACCAGAGCUUCCACAAGUACCUCAAGCCCUUCAUGCAGGGGAAACUGUGA